AUGGAUUUGAUGUUGCUUGUACCAACAUCUAAGGAGCAGUCAAACACGAAUGCAAAUAAGACAUUUCCAGUUACCGAACACAAAUGUAAAAUGCCCCCUGAAUGGGACGAGAUAAGGAAUGUGAUAGUAGGCAACGGAUGGUUCGCUGAAAUUCGGCGAUGGUUUCGUCGGAAGUGUUUGGUGUCGCAAAUGCAUCCCCGAACGCAGUUUUGCUUGCGAAGUAAAGCUGCAAUCUCAUACGAACAGACUAGACAUUUGAAUUCAUACGCCUACAUGAUACAUCCAUUCAGUGAAUUCAGGAUAUUCUGGGAAUCGUUAUUGAUUUUAGUGGUGAUCGCGUCCAUGAUUGUCCUACCGUUUCACGUUACUUUUCAUGGUGAUAUAGAAAUCGGGGAAUGGUUUUUCUUCGCGGUGUUCUUGAACAGUAUUUUAUUGACCGAUAUUGUACUGUGGUUUAUGACUGGACACCACGACUUCCGAACAAACGUUGUUGUGUUGGAACCAAGACUUGUUGCACGUAAAUAUAUCAUGGGCUGGUUCUGGUUCGACGUAUUGCCAGUCUUACCAAUGGAUCUGUACUUGGUCUUGUCAGGAAUGGAUGCACAAUCCCAACAAUUGUACCGUCACUUUCAAAUGCUCAAGCUUUUGAAAUUGCGAACCCUCAUAGUAUAUGCUCGUCGCCUGCGACGGGUUUAUCACAUGUCAUUCCAAACACAUAAAUCCUUGGCAAUAUCGAUCUCGAUUUUAUUAAUUCUACAUUGGGCAGCUUGUGCCGAAUAUUACAUUUCUGCAACUGUUCGGCGACAGUAUCUUAAGUCUGGCAAGGAUCUCGAUAACUGGACUACUCUCCCAAACGUGGUGCAGGGCAACACUUUUUACAAGUAUAAUAUGGCCUUGUACAGGGCAGUUUCAGCCAUGGUUUGCGCUCUGAAAUCUGAUGAGAUGAUUUCGGUAGAAGAUGUGAUGUAUGAUGUAGUCCUGUCUAUAUGCGGUCGAGUAGGAAACAUCUACGUAAUAGCGCAGUGGCUUCAGCUGACACACGCUCGUCAAGGCACAAAUAACAACUAUUCACGACUCGUGCCGCAAUUGCAGACAUAUAUGAGACAAAAGGAACUACCUCCUGAAAUUCAACACCGUCUGACCACCUACUACGAAUAUUGUACACAGAGAUCUAUUGAUUUGGAGAAAAGUAUCAUGCGGCAAUUAUCACCACAUUUAAAAGAGGAGCUAACGUUGCAUAACUCUCGGAAGUUGGUUGAAAAAGUAACAUUUUUUGAGUGUUUACCGGAAGUCGUCGUAUCACGUAUCGCAAUGUCUCUACGCACUGAAGUCUUCCUGACAAAUGACAUAAUAUUCAAGGCAGGGACAACCGGGGACGCGAUGUAUUUUAUAGCUUCUGGAACCGUUGCUAUAUACACAAGUUUAGGAAAGGAGGUUUGCCAUCUGAAGGAUGGAGCGCACUUUGGUGAAAUAUCCUUGGUAAUGGAGAACGAUCAGCGGCUUGCAAGCGUUGUGGCGGUCGAGAUAUGCGAGCUGUACGUUUUAUCCCGCGAAGAUUUUCAGCAAGUCAUAGAACCGUUUCCAAGCCUCAUGAAUAUCCUGCAGAAAUUAGUUCUGGAAAGAUUGGAGAAGACUGUAUUUUUAGGCGAGCUUUAUCGACUCGAGGGGAACAUACCUGCAGAAGUUUUUAACAACGAUAAUCAGCGUUCUAACUCUGUGCAGACAUCGAAUAAUAAAACUUGA